AUGUUACUCUUGAGAACAUCUCUACGAACAAUAUUUCCAGAAUUUACAUGGACUACUCGGAAGGAAAUACAUGGAGGCUAUCGAGAAAUUGUUCUCUUCUCACUCACCAACGUUGGUACCAGUGGUAACGUGGCAGUUUCUUCUGACACUAGAAAUCCUCGAUAUGUCAUUGUGAAUUCUACAGAUGAGAAGAUUGUUAUUCGGCAAUGUUUCACAAAUAAUGAUCAUUUGGUCGUUCCCAUUGAAGUGGAGCCCAAUACCAAUGUGAAUUAUUAUUGGAAGGAAUUGGAAGUGAAUGAACCUCAAAUGAAAGUGGCAUCCAAUGACAAGAUUGCAUGGUCAACUCCAUUCAAUGCCCUCGGAGAAACCUUCCUCAAGUUGAAACAUGAAGAUUAUCCAAAUAGACCUAUCGGAUUGCUCUUAUCGCCAAAGAAGCCACCUUAUCUGAUUGACAAUCAACUCGAUGAAGAUGUUUUCUUUGCUCAAAAUGGAGUUGAAAAAUGGUUGUGGACAGUGAAACCACUCCAAAUGACUCCCUAUGUUUGGGAUGACAAUAAGGGCGCUCAUGGCCUUCAGCUUCGUAUUGGAAAUGUUAAGGACGACUUUGAUCGAAUUGGUAAAGACAAGAGAAUCAAGUUGGGAUCCAAAGGAAUGGCCUAUCUUCGAGUGAAACCAGUGGCGAAAGAGACGAUCCAUACAAGGAGAGAAAAUAUCAAACCUCUCAAUAAGCAUGUGUCAAGCAUUCGUUCUUCCAUGCAAAGUUCAACUGCCUCAGAAGGUCAAAUUAGAGAUUUCUCAGAGGAAGAAGAGUUCAAUCAAUUCAUGCUCGCAGAAAUUAAUCAAAUUGGAAUUUCAUUUAUUGACAACACUCCAAGUGAAGUGGCCUACAUGUUACUGGGUGGACUUACCUUGCAGAAUGCCACCACCGACAAGCAUCAAUUUAUUGAAACACUCCUGUAUCGGUUGCAAUUAGAUCAUCAAGAUUACAAUGCUACUUACCCUGUCAUUCUGAGUAACAUUAACGAGCCUGGACAAGAAUUUCUUCACUUUAGCAUGUGUCGAUCUAUUGAAAAAAACACCAAUACCUUCCCAUACAUGUCGAUCACCAUGCGAGAAGCACGUUGUGAAAUUGAUUACAUUUUUAUUUCCAAAUUUGUGAAAUUGAUUGGUAUUCUUUCAACGAAUGAGGAACAAAGCAAUGAAGUGGGUGAACAAACAGCAGAACGAAUGGCAAAAUCUGUAGAAAAACCACAAUAUGAGGCAGAAAAGUUUUGCUUUGAAAAUUUAGAAAUGCAUCCUGUUAAGAUUUAUCUCACAUUCAAGUUGAAUCAUGAAGAUGGAGAUGACAGUAACCCAUUGCUGGUGUCACUUUUACUCGAAUUGAUAAUGCUCCAAUGA